UCCUCUAAUGCAAUCACCGGAGUUUCAUGUCUGUUUUCGAGACGCAAUUCAGCAUCUCCAGCUAAGCGAGUCUUCUGUGGCAGCGAGCCCCUGCCACACUCAGCUUUGAACAAUUCUGAGAUUUUGAGCCAAAUUAACAAUGAUUUGAAACCAAGGGGUUGUCCCUGGGCUCUGCCUAAAGGAAGUUUGGAAGCGCUGGUCGGCUUCAUGCUGGAAGAUACCCUUGAUGCGCAAUCAGGUUACCCGAGGAACACAAAGAUAUCUAUUCCGUGCCAAUUUCAGGAUAGUGGAUGGAACGUAAUGAACUCGCUCACUCGGGCUGCAAACCCCAUUCAGAGAGAUUUCACUACAGUGGCACGGUGUUGCCGGCCAACCCAGGAGAGUGAGACGGAGUCAUUUAUUCGGUUCAACCAAUCAAUCAUUCAACCUAGUGGAUUACAGGUUAUUCUUAUGUGUGGGCGUACAGUAAAAGAUCUUGUUCUACCCACAGAGCGUGAGGGGGCUCGUCUUAAGCUAAGAAGUGGGGAAUUUCCUAUGUUUCUUGAUAUCGAAAACGAAGCUAUCAAGCGGCCAGUUGACGCAUUUCUUCUCCAAGAAUGGCGCAAAACACACAGAAUAUCUGAGGUGCUUCACUUUGCAUCCGCCACUACCAUGACUGUCGGUAUUCGCCCCUACGCUGGCCAUAAUGGAUGUGCCCUGACAAAGGCCAUCCGAGAUCACACGGAUGAACGGAAAGGAAUUAAAGAGCAUUUAACGCUCGAAACUAUCCACCCAAUGACUCGCCUGUGGCUGACGCGUAGAGGAUUUGCGAUAGACGAAGACAUAUCCCUCUUGCAAGAAAAGGAAGGCGGGAGUCUUAGCAACGCAAUCCUAGUCUUAAUGCAUGUGACCCCACGUCAUUUUCAAAACGCGACCACGAUUUCAUCUAUGAAUUCAUUCCACAGAUCUGGAAAACGCCAUGAUCCGGAGUUUAACGUUGAUGGAGCGCAGCUCGAAGCUGUUCGGGACCCCUGGGCCCAAUUGAACGAGAAGCUACCGGUUGAUUGUGACCAUCCUAGAAAUGAUGUAAUUCAGAAUGUCAGGUCCAGGGAGAAGGAGUUAGAAUAUAAUGUUUGGGAGGCUAAUAUUAGAGAAGACCUUGAAACCUCUCGAAUAUUCCUGGAUGACGAUGGGAUCUUGAUAUUUGCCGCACUCCGUGGGCAAGAAAAAAAGCCCCGUGCUUGUGCCGCUGAUCGAAGCUUCACCGUCGGAGAGAAGUCUCGGCAAGAACUCCUACAAGGCCGCAAAUAUCUCGGGACUCGGACCAAAAGGCAAGUAAUGUUUGUUGAAGUCAUUUUAAAAGCCGAGAUUAGGCCACCCAGCCAGCGACAUCUACACGUAUGGGUGCAGGAAACGCUCCCAAUAGAUCCUGAGUCACGGUUGACUUUUUGCGUCAUGUACACAACGGAUACCAUGGAGACAUCUUCCUCUGUGACUUCGAAUCUUGUCAAAGAUCUCUAUAAGGCCAACUCAUUUAUUCACUAG